UCGUUAGAAAAUGAAGCCGCAGCCCAGAGGACGGAGCCCGCAGAGCAGCGGGGUGAUGGCUCGGAGCGCAGCGCCUCGCCGUGCGGGUCGCAGAUAGGGUCACCUGUGAGUGCGGACGUGAUAGAAGAUUCAAAGGAAGACAGUUGCACUUUGGAGGACCAGAAAGUGGCUGAAGCAGAAGAGAAGCUGCCUGACCAAAUCCAGUCCACUAAAGAGGAAGCUCUUGAUCGAAUGACCAAGUACCACAUACAUCAGGGAGCAGGGGAUAUAGUCAUGAUUCAAUCAGAUCACACUGGUGCUGUGGAUAUUCUUUCAGCUGAGCUGGAAACUGCAGACCUCCUUGGAGAGCAGAGAAAAGCUCAGCCUCCCCCUCUGGCUCCACCUACUACAUGGACCACAGGGAAGAUGAAGGAAUUCAAAGCCAAAAUGGGAAAGGAGAAGAGUGCUAGGAUGGUGGUGAAACGAGGCGAAGUGGUGACAGUCCGUGUGCCAACCCAUCCUGAUGGGAAACGUGUUUGCUGGGAGUUUGCUACAGAUGAUUAUGACAUUGGAUUUGGAGUCUAUUUUGACUGGACCACUGUUACGAGCACUGCCAUUACUGUUCAGGUCAGCGAAUCCAGUGAUGAGGAGGAUGAAGAGGAGGAAGAGGAAAUUGAAGGACUUGCCCCUGUUGGUGACGUGGAAAGGGGCUCCAAAAGCUACCUGCGGAACCGCUAUGGAGAAAUCAUGCCUGUGUAUCGAAGGGACAGCCAUCGGGAGGUGCAGGCAGGCAGCCAUGACUACCCAGGCGAGGGCAUCUACCUGCUGAAAUUUGAUAACUCGUACUCUCUCCUCCGCAAUAAGACUCUGUUCUUUCAUGUCUUUUACACUAGCUGAAGGGAUGGGAAGGGGCAGGGAUGGCAGACAGGAGGUGGUGAGCAUAGCAGGCUGCCACCCGACCCUGAUACUCCCUGAUGGGCACUUCUAUGUGACAGAACAAAGGCACAACUCUGCUAGCAACUCUUCAGACACAACUUGGUUUCUCCCCACACCCUCCUUCCCAGCUGUCCCGGUGGAGAAGAGUGGUUGUGACUGGUUGUCCACAGGCAGUUGUUAUUUGUAUAAAACUUUGGGAGUCCUGCUCUCUGUAGGUAUAGUGUUGGGCCUUCAUAGCCAGUAAAUGCCCAGAGGCCAGGUGCAGCUGGUCUUGGUUUCUUUCUGUUGCAGUGGUACAAAAUGAAGUCAAAAUAUUCUUCAUCUGUUGCUAUUCUGUAAGUCUUCAGGCUCUUCUGCUGUAUCUGGAUCACUAGAGGGCAGCUGUCAGCUGCAGUGAGACAGAAACAUGUCUGGCUUGUCACCAAACCACUGAUAAUCUUAUCACUUACCACCAGUACGUGUCACCAGCUGCCAGCACUUCCUUUGUUCCUAUAUAUGGGGAUGCAGCAUGGUGGCAUCUGGUGUAGAUGGCAUGGCGAUGCUACAAUAGCCAGCUCCAAUCUAUGGUACCCAUGUGUUAAACAGAGUGUGUGGGGCUGGGGAGGGGAGUGCACAAAUAGAAGCUCAUAGGAAGAUUUUCCUGUGGAUCAAGAAUUAGAUGUUGCAUCUGUAGAUUAUGGAGAUAUAAAAAUUAUGAUUAAAUCUCCAGUGACCACAAAGCUUUUUUUUUCUGUAAUCCAGAUGUAAAAACAGAAGAAAUGGUUUACUGCUGUAUUGAAUAAAUAUGAAAAGGUCGGGAUACAACCAAGAAGUAUACAAGAAAUGUUUCUUUGUAGCAGCAUGUUGAUUCACUGGUAUUGCUGCCAGCUGAAUAAUAGCAUAUAUAGGAAGGAAGAUGCUCCCCAUAGAAGCAUAGUUUUUCAGGUGCUAUUGCUGUUACAAAGGUAUUGUUGCAAAAGAGCAGAAACUCAAAAGGGGUGGAAUUUACCCAGUCCUUUUUGUACACCAGAAUGAGCAAGGCCAUUGCUAGCCCUGAUCAUGUGGUGAAGGAUAGAGUUCCUUGAUAUGUUUUAGUGGCUAGUGAUAGCACUUCCUGCUUGAGUAUUGGCAGAGUUGAACAAGGAUUAUGUUAAUCCUUCAGAGGUGAGUUUUAAAUUGCAUUUAUCAGCAACUGUUGUUUAUUUUAAUACUAAAAAUCAUGCUCUUUUUAAGAAUAGUGUUGUGUUUACACUUUGAUACCUCUUUGCAGAGACACAGAAUGGCUUUUUGCAUGCUGAUGCUAGUAGAAUUCUGAGUUUUAAUUUUUAAAUCCUCCAGGUAAGGCACCUCUAUUUGGUCCAUUCCCUUUACUGAGAGGGGUUGAUGAAGAAAAUUGUUUUGGGGUAGUUAAAGCCAAAGAUUUCACUGUCCUAGGAAGGCUGUGUAUUUCCUUUUAAGGCUAUAUUGUAAUGCUGUGGAAUUUUCUUUAUGUUCAAGCUCUUCUUCUAGCUAUCUGUGAUUACUUAUUCACUGCCCCAGAGCACUUAGUAAGUCAAAAAGGUGUGUGUGAGAGAGAGAUGUUUAUAGUGGAGCACAAGCACAAGCUUGGAGCAGGAAGAAGGAAAACCAGAAAACUGGAGCAGACAGGAAGCAGAGCUGGCCAGGGUAAGGAGCGAGCUGGUGCUAUUCUGGGCCCUGAGUUGGAAGCCUUUUUCAGAGGAGAGAGAGGACCUGGCCACAGGGGAACUGCAAAGCUGUUCCUCAAGCAGAGGGAAACAGGGCAGCCUUAUGGGAAGAUAGAACAGUAAGACUUGGUAUCUGUCAGAGUAAAGUGAUCUUUAGUUUAGCAGCCUGGGGAAUAUUAUUUCUUCCUUUUUCCCCUCCUGGGGAGAUGAAGGACCAUCUUGUGGUCUUUAUACAGCAUUUUAAUCAGGCCUGAGCAACUUGCAUAGGGCUUCUUCCCACUCCCGCUUCCCCCCCCCCCCUUUUUUUUCUUUUCUUUUUUACUCUUUGCCCAUGAAGUUCUUUGAUAAGAAGGCAAGAAGAUGAUUUUUCAUUAACCAAAAAUUUUCAGCGCUGCCCAAUGCAAUUACUGCCUUUGGUCCUUUCUGAUAUAAUCUGCAGGGUCCUGUGUCCACAUGCUGGUUAAUGUAUGAGACACUGUGUGGCACCUGAUCCAAUUUCUAACUAGGAUUUAUUUAUGAUAAAGGGAAUUUUGACCUAUGCAUGGCAAUUGUAGAAAAUUUAUCCUGAUCCUGUUUCACUACAUACUGUGGGAUACUGUUAUUGCCACAAUAUAAAUGUUUCUCCUAUAAUGUGGCCUCCCUAUUGCUAAUUCACAGCCACUUCCCCUCUCAUUGUCUGUAUUUUAAUCAUAUCCUCAGUCAAAACACAUAUUUUAAUCUUGUAAGAUGUGAAUAAGGCCUGCCUGACUACCAGUUCUGGUCACUUACUGAAACAAAUAGUAUGUGCAAGUUAUCAGGGUAACUUGUUAGUGGUUUUAGUGUCUUGUAGAUGAUGAUCCUAUUGUUCAGUUCUAGCUUUCUGAAAUGUGGACCAAUCUUUUAAUGAGGCUCAGGACACUUGUUUGGAACUGUCCCCAUCUCCUAGUCUCACUGACUUAAGCUUAACAGAAGCAUUGAAUCUGGUAUGUUAUCCCAAUCUGUAUGUGCUGUCCUGCAAAAACACGAUGCCCUUAAACAGACUUGCUGUGGUGGCACUGAAAGUAUCUAGUGUGUAUUAUUUCACUACUUAUGCUUCCUGGAAGCAUGUGGUAUCUCUUAUGAACACAAAACAAUUUUUGGCAUAGAAUAUUUCAUCUACAGGAAACAGAAGCUUUACAGUUGUACAGGAUAAUUACCCUUUGUUUAUUCUUUCAUAUCACAUAAGUGUUUCUCAGGUGUUGAAGUAUCAUUCAUUAUCUAACUGACGACUUCUUUUAGGAAGGAUCUGUAGUCUUUAUUCAUACUCUGAUAAAUCCCCUAGCUUGGAUGCAUGGCUAGUGAUUAACAGUGGCCACUUGCAUUCAAAAUUGAACUCAUAGUUGGUUCAAAGAAGUAAUCUCCUUAUUUCUUGUGUUCUUUUUUCUGUUAUCUGUGUAUCCUGGAACUUGUAUCUGAUCCCGCUGUCUCUGAGGCAGCAAAGAAAGCCCUUCUUGCUCUGAUUGUAAACUUGGGGAACUAGAUAUUGGGUUUAGAAAGAAAAAUAAAUUUAAAAGACAUUUUCACUUCAGAGAGGGAAAGGGAAAAUUCCCAAUUUUUUUCCAGAAGGAAGAUUUCAAAUCAGUUUUAAAAAUGUGUUUCUUCCUCCAGUAAGUUGUAUCUAAAAAUUCAAAAAGCUUGAUUAAGGAGUAAGCUGCUUCUACAUUUUGUGAAGUUGUCUCUUUUUUUUUUUUUUUUGCUUUUGUAAAAGCACAGAAUUGUUUUUUCCUGUUUGUUUUGAGUAUGACUUGGAGACAUAAAACAAUCCUGUUGCAUAGGGUUUGCAUAAAAAUUAGGUUGUAUAAUUGUCUGUUCCAUAAUAAUGGUAACAAUCUGUUGGGUAUUUUUAAUGUCAAAUCAAGUAAGAAGCUAUCCAUUGUUUUAUUUUACUCUUCUCCUUUAGCAGCAGUGUACCAGCAGGAGUUGAAAGUGCAUGUGUUUCACUGAGGACUGAGUUAAAAUUGCUUAAGUCAGGCACUGCUUGUACUGAUUUAAUUUGCUAACCAACUCUGGGGCCCAUGUUAAAGGUUAUUGUUGUCAGAUAUAGGCUAUUCUCAAAAUAAUAUCUGGGACUCAUUUAGUAGUUAUGUACAUUAAUACUACCACUGACCCACUUACAUGAACAGUAAGAGGAGAAUGUGUGCUUAAGGAGAGAAAGAGCUUAACUGACUGACUUGAGGUACUAAGACAAAAGUUGAAUUACUAUGCAACAGUCUGAAAGGUUGCCAGAUUCCUUUCUUUUUGGUCCUAUCUUGUGGACUGUCUCCUUGUAACUGGGUGCAUAUAGCCAUGUAUGGCCUGCAGUGGGGCCAGUUGUGCUGCUGGACUUGGUGGGGUAGACUGGAGAUGAUCCUUGUCAGUGUCUUGUUGCUGAAAGAGGUACUUGUUCUUGUGAGCUGGAAACUGGGGGUAGAGAAUUAAUCUCUAAAUGAGUUCACUUUGUCCCCACUGCUUAUACUCUUCCUUCUUGUCUCACUACACCCUAGUGUGCUUUGCAGAGGAUUUAUCACAAGGUGCCUUAGGAGCAAGGAGCAUGUCUGAAGUACGAGCCACAGAUGUCAUUAAUCCAGGAGUUUUCUUCUUGUUUCUCUGCCUGUUUGAGUAGGGUGGAGGCACUAAGAUCAAGCAAGGAGAGAAGAGUCCUGGUUGGCUGUCCUAGGGAUUUAAGCUGUUCAUUAGUCUGCCUUGUUGCUGUAAGAUGAGUAGUAGAAUUGUUAGAGUUUCCUGGCACCACAGGAUCUUUGCCUUUGGGAAGAAAGCAUAAGCUGCUGCAAAAUAUUCUGGAACACCAAAGGAUGACUACUUCUGAUAUUCUGCUGGUAAGCCUGAGGACCAGAGAAACAGCAGACAGACGUAAAUAGCAUUCCUCAUGGCCAUUCAUCAUUUUACCAAAGUGAGUCCAGUGUUGAGUUGUGUGCUUAUGUGUAUUGAGAUUGGAUGAGAGACCAAAGCAACAAAGGUGUUUUUGAUCUGCAAGUGUGAGAGAAAUGGCUUUCUCCAUUUGUUGUACCUGGAGAUAAUAAUGGAAUAUCUGAAUUGGAAGAAGGGAAAACUGUGAACUGAUCUUGUUAAAUACAUAAGCAAAUUAGGCUUAAUUUAAUUCUGAUUGAUCUAAUUCUAAUUAGAAGCCACAAGUUUAUCAGGAGUCCAAGUGUGAAGUCACUUAUCUAAACAAGUUAGUAAACACUAACUAAAGUUUUAGAGUGAACAUCAAAUGGCGGAGUCCAAACACAUCUUGCUAGGUGGAGAAUUUCCUGUGCAAUUAUUCCGCAUUUGCCUCCAAAGUCUCUGGCAUUUUAUUCUGAAACACUUGUGCUAUUGCAGCUGAAGACAGAACAUCAGCCUGAAUGAAUGGAUCUGUGAUUUGACAGUAAGGAUUAUCUGGUUUAAGCCCAUCUGAACUGGUGAGUGAAGUCUCUUAGGCUGGAUGCCAACCAUUAAGUUCAGAGCUAAAGAGGCUUUGCCUGACUUUUAAGUUUAGAAGCCGUUCUUGGAAGCUAAAUAGUUGGAGAUGAUCUCCCUGUAACUUCCUGAAUGCCUGAGUGACUAACUGCUCUCCUCAGAGUGAAGCAAUCUGCUCUCAAGUCCCUGCUCCACUCUGCUAGCAUAGUCUUUCAGUGGAGAGCAUCUUGUAGGUGAUCAUACCCUUUUUGUCCAGACAUAUAUUCUUGUAAACUGUGACAGCUGUCUCUAAGUCUUUAUUUAUGUGAUGUGAAUAUAUUUGUUGUCCCAGAACAUUGAAAUUCAUUUGUCUGUACCAACCCGUUGCUUUUCAUGUCCUCUGAAGAAAUUAGUUUUAAAGGGAGGUUACUUCAACAAGAUGUGGCACCAAAUCUCUUGCUGAAGGGCACAUGUGAAUAUUUAUAGUGUUUGCUUUCCUUCUAGGCUUGGUUUGUAUUGCUUAUAUUCGAUGUUGUGGCUGAUUUGUAAUAUUAUAUUGAAAGCUAUUCCCUUUAAAUAAACUUUUCACUUUGCAAUCA